AUGAUGCAGCACCUAAGGCAUUCUCAUCGGAUGCAUGUACCAUGUGCAAAUCCUUUGAAACGUGCCAAGUGUACAGAGGGAAAUGACUUUUCAGAAGAUGUUGACGACCCAUCACCAAAAAUACAACGUCUGCCAAAAGUACAGACGCAGGCGAAAUCGGAGAAAAUCGACAAAGCGUUCCAGAGAAUGAGUUCAUUUAAAAGUGGAGGUUCAGCUGCUGCCAAGAUAACCAACGCGAUUUUUUUCAUGAUCGCCGCGGACAACUGUCCUCUAUCGACCGUAGAAAACAAAGGAUUUAGAGCGCUCAUGAAGACAACGGCCCCGCUCUAUAAGGUUCCUAAUCGAAAAUCCAUCACAAAAGAAAUAGAGUUAAGGUAUCAUGAGAUGAAGAACGCGUUUCGGAAAAAUCUUGCCGUCGGUACUACUUACACGUUAAUAUGCGACAUAUGGACAGAUACAAGUAAUCAAAGUUAUCUUGGAAUCACCAAUCAUUACUUGACACCAAAGCUCGAGAUAAAGAACAGUUGUUUGGGUGUAUUACCACUGAGCGAGCGUCACACCGCGGAUUAUAUAUUGCGAAAUUUACGGGAUUGUCUCGAAUCGUUCGGUAUAGAAACAUCCGAUGUUACGGCGAUAGUUACCGAUUGCGGCGCGAAUAUUAAAAAGGCAGCGAUCGACACAUUUGGUGCUUCGAAGCACAUACCGUGUUUCGCGCGCGUCCUAUCCCAUGUGGUACCGAGCGUCAUGAAAACUUUACCAGAAGUCGAGAAUACGUUUGCUCGCGUACAUAGCAUAGUGGCGAUAACGAAAAGGAGCGUCGUUGCAGCCGAUGAAUUGAAGCGGCUUCAAAUUUGUAACGGAAAGACAGAGGGCACGGCUUUGAAGUUGAAGCAAGAUGUACCUACGCGUUGGAACUCGUCAUUUUAUAUGAUCGAAAGAUUCCUUGAACUCCGCGAAUAUAUUUAUCCGGUUCUUAUGAAAUGCCCGACUGCCCCAGAAAUGUUAACGCGGGAGCAAAUGCAAGUCCUUGAAGAUUGCGUAGUUUUACGACCAAUUGAAAAUGUUAUUACCGAAAUCAGCGGCGAAACGUAUCCAACAGGCAGUAUGGCUAUCCCAAUAAUUCGAUGCAUGGAGAAUGCGUUGAACUGCUGCAUACCCGUGACAAAAAUUGGAGAAAAUAUGAAAAUGAAAAUUAUAGCUAAAGUUCAGGAAAAGUUUGAGGGAAUCGAGACGUGCAAAUUAUUGGCAAUGUCGACAAUUCUUGAUCCGCGUUUAAAAAAAAUCCAUUUUCGAUCUGCAAUGACGGCAGUAACAGCUAUUGCGGAUAUAAAUAAAAUGAUGAAAUCGGCUAAUUGUGAUCCCAAGAUAAGUGUUCCGCCGACCUCGAAACCUUCGGAAAGCUUUACUGUACAAAGCAUAUGGGAGUUUCACGACAAUUUGAUUGCCAACGAUAUGCAGUCAAACGAUCCUUCAGAACUUCACCUCGAAUUACGUCAGUAUCUUAACCAGCCCGUUAUUCCGAGACAAGCAAGUCCAAUUCAAUAUUGGUACAGUGUAAAAAACGCGUUCCCGACACUGUAUAUUUUAGCAGUUAAGCACUUAAAUAUCAUCGCCACCUCAGUACCAUCGGAGCGUUUGUUUUCGAAGGUUGGGGCACUGAAAACAGAACGACGCAACAGAUUGUCGGCUCUGCCCGGUGGGAGACCUGUUAUUGUAUUGAAACGCGAGCGCUACGAUAUAGGAGACAUGUUGAGGGCAAAUUGCAGCCUGCCAUCAUCGAAGCCGCCGGUUCACUUCUUAUUCACGCUCAGCAACACGUCGAUUGUUAAUCUGACUGUGAUCGAGAGCGAGGCGAAAUUGGAAAAGUGUGCGAGGAUCUUUAG